AUGCCUCUUAUUCGAAUAAGGGGGAGGAGAAACAGGAGUGUACCGAUCAAACGACGCACGCACGCAAGACGAGCAACAAGGGCACAAUUGCACCGAGGGAACGAACACGAAGAAAAAAAAGCCCGGGGAUCGAGACCGAGACCGAGAGCGUACGGUAAAAACUCGACGUGCGUCGAGAUUCGAUUAGUGCAACAGGGGCACAAUUGCUCCGAGGGAACGAACACGAAGAAAAAAAGCCCGGGGAUCGAGACCGAGACCGAGAGCGUACGGUAA